AUUACUAUUGGUAGCUUUUCGAAUGUUUGUCACACUUGAACCUUGGUAAACCUUUAUAAACAGAUGCGAUGAUAUAACCUAUUCAGUUGGUGCUGUGAAGCUACACGAAAGACGGCUGUUUUUGCCUAUGCUCUGGAACUUCGAGGAACUACUUUUAAUAAGAGAAAGCCGACCUGCUACGAAGAUCCAGUCGGGUAAGCUUAAUCUUGCACUUGCUUAAAUAAACUGGUUGGUUCCAUAUUCACACAUAUUCUAGUCGUCAAAACUAGUGCACACAUUUCAUAUUUCAAGGCUAAUGGUAAAAUAAGGCACUAUACUGAGAUGUAAACAUUUAACCACGUCCAUGACAUUUGCAACCUCUGUCUACUAAAGAAACAUCCCAAUUCAGUCGCAUGUUAAUGACGUACAAUUAAGAAGUGUUGCACAAGUAAAUAAAAGUUUCAUUAAACAUUAUGGGUCGGUUGUUUAAGCGAUGUCUAACUUAGGCCGCGGCUUAGCAAAUCUUUGGACAGAUCUCUUCCAUAGUGGGUUAUUUUAAGAAAAUAAGUGUUUCUUCAGACAAGGCAUGAUGCUUUCAUGAAACUUCUAAUGAUAAACAGUGUUGAGAUAAAAGCGUUGAAAAAACUGAAUGAAUUGCUUAGAACGCAGUUUUAAUAGGCAUUGCCUAAACUCCGUUUAAAUAACUGGCCUUAUUUGUCAGUUACACUAUUAUGAAUUAAUAAAGUUCGUAACAAUUUCUACAUUUCGACUUUUUCUUGUUAAUGCCUCGUUUAUUUCAAACCUAUUAAAAUACUGCCUCAUAAACAGGAUAUUCAGUGAUGCGUACUGUGUACGUAGGUUCAGUCUUGUUGAAUCACUAAAGCGUAUGUGUGUCCCUUAAAAAUCAAAUAGCUUAUAACUUUGCUUUAGCAAAGAAACGGAUAUAAAGGGCAAAUUUCCUAUUUGACUGAUCUGCCAAAGGACAAAGUUGACUCUUCGGAAAAAAAAGGACAACCCAGAGGCAAUCAGCAGAAAAUUACAAUGCAUCUGUCCAAAUGUGUUGUGACGUCAUCACAGUUGCUGUCUACCACCAAAUAUUAUUUUACUAGUUCAUAAUAUUUCUUUACUGCGUACCCUUCUGUUCUCUGCAUGUCUAGCAAAAGUAGUUAUAGAGCUGUCUUCUUCGAGUAUCACGCCAUGAGUUUUAUGAUCUAAAUAACCUAUACGGCACCAUCUUGACUAUUUUUGGGAGUUAAAUCAGUGUGUAUGAUAAGUCAAGCACAAACCCACAUUCAUUUAAUUCUUCUUUGACUAAUGUCCCUCGACGUAAAAGAAUAAUUCAAAUACUUUCGGAGUUAAAGUUAAAAGAGCUCAGUUAAGCGAUGCCGCGGAAUUGUUCGUUGUACCCAAAAUGAAGAGUGGGAUAAAUUUCGACGAAGACGAAAGAACAUAAUAAAAAUAACGUUCUCUCUUUUUUGGUGGUUUUCAACUGUCAUGCUCUCGAAAAUUUAAUCAAAACGAUUGGAUUCCUAAAACCAAGAAUUUCAGAAAUUAAAGAAUAUAAACGUCUCAGGCGUAUGCGUUCCAAGAUGUGCUCUCGACUUGCUGGACUAAAAUUUUUCCGAAAAACAACGAAAGCUGCUCGACGGUAACCAGUUCAAUCUCUAAAAUCCGUUAACCACGAAGCCAAGGGUUCAGUUGCCAAGGGGCAAAUCCCGUACCCGAACAUAGUCUUUAAUAUGAUUUUUCCUGUUUUUCUUACAUUGCUACAGGGAUGCUUUCUCUAAUGCUAAUGGCCACACUAGUGGCUUUGGUAAAGUGUUACAGUAAUAGUACCUUGAAAGGGAGAGUCAGGUUACUAAGUUCUGUCUAGUAUACGUAUAAACUUAAUUUUGUUGCCGGAUAUAUUAGUCAAUAUUAAAAAUUCAGCUCAGUUCUGCUACCGGAUCUCGACGGUUACUUUUACUGUUAACUGUAAAAAAAAAACAACAACAACAACAAUUUUCCCGGUCGAUCGCAAAGUAAGAUCGAAAAACUUCGUACGUCCCGUUUAAUGUUACUUUCCCGAAUCUCACACCCAUAGCUAAACGCCUGAAUCGUUUUUAACAAAAAUAUUUUGAAACUGAAAAAGGUAGGAAAAAAGGUUGGAAAAGGUAGUCAGUCCAUCACGCUAAGAUUUUUUUGUUGCUGAUGAUUUUGCUGAAGUAGUAGUGGUAGUGACAAGGGUAAUAUAUUUUGGAAUAGUGAUAUUGACAGCUUGUGCUAGUAGUAGUGUCAUCAUUGCUAAUAUUGAUUGUAACUAUGAUUAUUGUUGAAAACAGCUUAACGGAUUGAAACGUAAAAGCGGUACACCCAAACUGGAUCAGCGGGAACAAGCAUCGCAGCUAAAAGAUAAAGACUAACAUCAACAUGGCCUCCGUUCCUUUGCAUCAUCAGUGAAAUGGAAGACAAUCCUGGAUUUAAUGGUAAUGUUAGCACUCUGAACUUAGCUUACACAACAGCAACAAGGAACAUUAGCGUUUUGCAGUAAGGUUUAGUAGCACUCGAGCUAAACGCCAGGUAAAGCGGGCUCCUGGCUUGCCCAAACUUGUUUCUAGUACGAGGUUCCCGACUGGUGAGGGGAAGAACUAUCACAUAGGGCUAUACAGGGUGGGAUUUUCAUGCAAGGCUAUAAGGCUGAGAUAGUGUAGGGAGGUUGGUGCCGAAUUUAAAAAAAGAGGCAGAGACAUAGUUUUCUGGGUGUCUGUUCUCCCCCGCCCCAGCCAGUCAAAAGUGGUAAGGGCAAAUCAGAUUUCUACGAAAAAUGCAAUGACAAAUCAACAAAAUGCGUUAGUUAUGAGCCUAUGUCAAGAUCCCUUGAUGAGAAAGUAUUAUAGGUCUUACUUUUUUUUCUAGACGCCAUUCAGACAGGCGGACCAGCCACCUCCCGACAGGAGAACAAUCUGCCUGUACCUCCAGCGAGAAGUGCGAUGGCAAAUUUGUAUCCAAGAUCACAGCAACCCGGACAUCAGACAAAUCCCGUUGUAAAUGUAAUUAUAUACUUACUAUAACUGAUUAACACUUACAAGUGAAAAUCGAAAAUGAACAGUUCUACUAUUUUGGGCCGCUUUUAUCAGGCUGUCCAAGGCACAAACCAAGAAGCAAGAAUGAAUUCAAAAACUGACCAACUGAGUCAUUUACAAUUAUGCAGUUUCUUUAGCAGAUAGAUGAAAACAUGUCUACCGAGUUCAAAGGGUACUGAUCAGUUUUAGCGUUUUGUCCACCGCAUCACAAGAUCGUCCAAGACAAAAAAAUACCGUUUAGUUCACAAAGAUGAUCCAGUCGAAGAUCGAAGUUGAAACUGUCAUCUCAAAUGAUCACUUUAGUUGUCCUUUCUCGUCUGAAUUUGUGAUACUUUUAUUUAAGAAAGAACAGAGGUUAUUACAACUACAAAACUCACAUUAAUGGAAAAAGCAAUAGCUACCGUCUAAUGGGGGAGCCCAUAACCCUUCAUCUCUUCAUCUCAAAGUCCACUGUAUUCACACAAUGAACACUCGACGUUUUCCGCCAUUGCUGAGAACUGUUUGAGACAGACGCAAUUACUGUACUGCCGCGUAGCUGCGGGUGACGUAAUACCGUAACUUUGCUCUGAUUGGACGGCAUAAAGCGUUUGUGUGAGUUUUAGGUUCUAUUAAAUUAAAAAAGACGCGAGCAAACGUUCUACACAUUUUUAAUAAGUUACAUUUUUUUCUUCAGAGCAUGGAUCUUGAUCAAGAUUUGCCUCCUAAUCAUCUUAUGCUGGCUCUGUUGAGUACCAUAUUUUGCACCUGUCCCUGUGGGCUGGUAUCAUUAUGCUAUGCAGUGCGGGUAAAAAGUUAUAUCUAUUUUACUAUACGGUAUAAUUUUUUUUUCCUGAGCACAACGUCAAUAACACUGAUUUAAAUAUUUUGGAUAGGGGAAUUUCCGCCAUCUGCCCAGCAGACUAAACAUUCCUUUUAAUCCUGAAUUUGCCGAGUAAUAGGAAAAUGAAGAAGGCAACUUAUUAACUUUGAACUACGUAAGCAUAAAUUAAUUAUAAACGUCAGAAUUUUUAUGAUUAAUUACCGGCUUUCAUCAGCCUGCGGACACAGGCGUAUUUCUGGUCGUCGCUUCUCUUUCGGGUGGAGAGAAAUACGUCUGUGUCUGCAGGCUAGGCUCAGAAUCAGAAUCAGAAUCAUGCAUAUCUCAGAGGCUAUUAUAUCCGCCGAGGCCAAACACCUGAAUGCUUUCCUAGAACUGCAUAAUUAUCGUAAUUCUUCAGAUCAUACGUACUCAGCCUCAUUGCUAUAAUUAUCCCUAUGCUUAGCACCCAGUACCCGGUGUUUGGGAGGUCUCAGGUUCCAAUCCGGCUGUCGGAGACUCAUCGAAAGGGGUUAAGUCACGAGUAUAUUGCAGCUCAAUGUCAAUUCUGUACUGACUAGUCAUUACUUAGUGCUGCCUCAUUCAUAAACAUAAUGCUCUUGUUGAGUCCGCAGUCACAAAGGUAUAAGACUAACCACAAUAAUUUUUUGGCGAUUUCUGUUUAGCCAAGCCGGAGAGAAUCAUUCUCUCUUGGGUUAGCAUAGUGUUAAAACUAGAAAUAGUUAGCCCAAUGUUUAAAUCCAUGUCCAUCUUCGUCAGCCGACAAGAGUUAGAGUUCAAAGCACGUAUUAUAGCUUGGUUAAAAGAUAGCAAAUGUCAUUAUAGAGCCCCUUUAACAUCCUUCUCAAUUUUUCCUUUCAGGUGAACUCUGACUUUGAACGGGGAAAUACAGUUGGUGCUCAAUACAAUUCCAACCAAGCAUGGAAAUGGGGAAUGGCGUCAAUCAGUGUCGGCUGUUUGACCAUCCUUGUGGUUAUGGUUUACUACUUGAUAGAGGUGGCUCUGCAUGUAACUUUAUAAUCCUACCCUUCGAAUUUUUGGAGGUCAAGAAACGUAGUCGAAUUCAGCGGUUGAAAAAAGUGGAAUUCGCUCGUCGUUUUGGAUGAACAUUUAAUAAUAAAAUCAGGAUAACACAACGUUUCUAUAUCAUUUUGCUAACGUUUUUUUGAAGAAAUACCCAUAUAAGUUAUAUUUAUUUUUUAACUUAAAAAAUUUAAAUUAUAUCAAGAUGACAUCAGUCAUUUACAGCUUGUUACUGAUUUUUAUCAUUAUUGCCCGAGUUUUGCAGAAUCAUUUCUUUCAAUAUUUUACUAAGACUCAUUGAUGAAACGUUCUCUUUGAAAAUAUACUUAUUUUUUCCACGAUUAGCUGGAGGCUAUUUGGGUGAAAUUUCCCGGCUCCAGAAUUUUCAACAGAUGGAGUCAUGAAGAACACAUUUGAAUAACUGAGGCAACGCGUAAAUAAGCUUAGCUUAUGCUAACGUAGGGUAGCUUAGUUAUGCUAACGAAAGACUUCAACUUAAAACGAACAUUGAGUUGACAUGUUGACAGGGUAUGUGAUAACACAGUCUGUGUACCCUGUACAGCCACCCCCACUGAGAGGCCACUGUACAAAGGCUUAAAAGAUAUAUUUUAUUGGAUUUAACCCUUUAAACCCUAAGAUCAAACUUUGAAUUCUCAUUUGUUGCCCGUAUUCAUUCCCAC